UAUCAAAGCAGCUGGAGGUUCUGCGGGACAUGAACGAGCAGCACGCCAAAGUGUACGAGCAGCUGGACGGGACGGCCCGAGAGCUGGAACACACCAACCUCACUCUUGUGACAGACAGCAAGGCCUCGCAGCAGAAGAUCGAGAGAUUAACAGGGACCAUUGAUACUCUGCAGAACCAGGUGGAGUCUCUUUCGGGGCAGGUGGAGCAGCUUCGCUCCAUGGAGCAGCUCCGUGUCAGGAGGGAGAAGAGGGAGCGACGCAAGACCAUCCACUCGUUCCCCUGCCUCAGGGAGCUCUGCACAGCACCCAGGUAUGAGGAUGAGUUUGUAGUGGGCAGGGCUGAAAGCUUUACUGUGGAUGCAAAGCGUCCGCCAUUUGAAGAGGAGAACCAGCACCUGAGGGAGGCGGUGUCGGCCCUGCGUGCAGCGGUGCGCACUGAGAGGGGGCGGAGAGAGGGCGUGGAGAGGGAGUGCAACCUCCUGCUUUCAGAGUAUUCGCGGCUGCAGAUGCGUGUGCAGGUGUGGUGA